GGAAUGAACACCCAUGAUCAUGAUAUGAGACAAAGACACCAAUGCUAAAGCCUGUUGGAAGAAAAGGCCAUAUUCUUAAAGUCUGGAAAACAAAGAUAAAAGACCAGAUGUACAUACGGAGAUUGUUGUGGCAAUAAAUGGCCGAAUUAAAUACUGGAGAUGGCAUUACAAAGUCAAUGGAGCCCAUGACGUUUAGCCCAAAUUGAAAGGGUAACCCCAUGCUUCAAUAAAAGGUGUAAUUAAAUAUCUCCCCAUGACAUUAAUGAUUCUUGCUAGCAGAAAGUCAUUUGUUAUGUUAUUUAUCAGCAAACUCUCUUAUUAACUUUCUUGAUCAAUUGGUUUAGAGUUUGAAUUUUGACCUUAAAUCACGUUGAAAGAUGAACAUUUCGUGGUAAGUUCAACUAGAUUUUUACAAAAGAAAUACCACAGUGCUAUGAGCCUAGCCAGCAGCAUAUCUGCACUUUGGGUUGGUGGUGGCGUGGGUUGGAUAUGAAUGUGAUGCGAGGUGUCAUACAUAAGAUGAAGAUGGGCGCAUGGUAGCAUUACCAGAUAAGGGAAAUGAAAGUUACGGAGUCAGAGUCAGAAGCUGAAGCACGGGUAGCCUUUGUCUUUUGCACCUUGCAUUGGAGACAGUGUCUGUCUGUGUUGUUGGCGUUCACCUCUCAGGAGUAUAGUAAACCGUAAUAUAAUGCCAUUGUGUUUGUUUGUGGUCACCCAUUCUAUUCAAUUUCUAACCUGAGCACUGAGCAGUGAGCACCACCCACUUCUUUUCCCUACUCCUCCCCCACUCAAACAUAAACCCACCCUUUUAUUUUUUUGUUGCUUCCUCCUUGUCAUUUCCACCAUAAACGAGGUAUUCUUAACUAAGCUCUGGUUUUAAGAAGCAGCUCCACUACAUACCAGUCCAUAGUUGCCACAUGCUCAUUUCUUUAAAUGCGUGUACAUAACAAGGGGUUUUGCACAUGAGCUAGAUUUAUGAAGUGUGGCUUUGCAAUGAUCCCAUUGCUCACUGAACAGAAAAGGCAAAGAUCUUCUUGAACUUGUUACUCGUUUAGAUCCCUUUCAAAUCUGCUCUCUAAGGUAUCUACAGUUAUCGUGCUGUUCUCACUAGCUAAAAUCUCAUUUGGAAAUAGAAACCUGACAACCACAUUCAAUUAUGAACAACUUCAAGUUAGGGGUAGAUGUGGUUAGUGCUCACAAUCUAUUACCUAAAGAUGGACAAGGUUCAUCCAAUGCCUUUGUGGAACUUUACUUUGAUGGCCAAAAGUACCGUACGACCAUCAAAGAAAGGGAUCUUAACCCAGUUUGGAAUGAGAGCUUCUACUUCAAUAUAUCUGACCCUUCUAAUCUUCACUAUCUCACACUUGAUGCCUAUGUCCACUGCCAUACCAAAGCUACUAACUCCACUUCAUUUCUUGGCAAGGUUAGUCUUACCGGGACUUCUUUUGUCCCUUACUCUGAUGCAAUUGUCUUGCACUAUCCAUUGGAGAAACGUGGUAUUUUCUCUCGUGUAAGAGGAGAGAUUGGCCUUAAAGUUUACAUCACUAAUGAUCCAAACAUAAAAUCAUCCAUUCCAACUCCUGCUGUUGAGUCCAUGCCAACAAAUAAUUCAAGCUCAACACAUGCAGAAGUUCGAGCACCUGCAAGCACAAUGACAAACAAUUUUCCAAAUGAAAAGGUUGAUUCAAGACACACAUUUCAUCAUCUCCCUAACACAAGCCAUCACCAGCACCAACAGCAUUCCUCUGGCUUUGCAGAUACUCAUUAUGUAACAAAGUAUGAAGCCGAUGCAAUGAAAUCUGAACCACAACCUAUGAAGCUAGUACGCACUGCUACAUCAGUACAACCAGUUGAUUUUGCACUUAAAGAAACAAGUCCCUAUCUUGGUGGGGGAAGAGUUGUUGGCGGCCGUGUUGUUCAUAAAGACAAGACUGCUAGUACAUAUGAUCUUGUGGAAAGGAUGUACUUUCUGUAUGUCAGGGUAGUCAAGGCUCGUGAGCUUCCUGCUAUGGAUGUUACUGGUAGCCUUGAUCCAUUUGUUGAGGUGAGAAUUGGCAAUUACAAAGGUAUCACUAGACACUUUGAUAAGAAUCAGAGUCCUGAAUGGAAUCAGGUGUUUGCAUUUUCAAAGGACCGGAUGCAAGCAUCUGUACUUGAUGUUGUGAUCAAGGACAAGGAUCUCAUCAAAGAUGAUUUUGUAGGCAUUGUGAGAUUUGACAUCAAUGAGGUUCCUCUGAGAGUACCACCAGACAGCCCUUUGGCACCAGAGUGGUAUCGCCUUGAGGACAAGAAAGGGGAGAAGAUUAAAGGUGAGUUGAUGCUUGCUGUUUGGAUUGGCACUCAAGCAGAUGAGGCUUUUUCUGAUGCAUGGCAUUCAGAUGCAGCCACACCUGUUGACAGCACACAUGCUAUCUCUGCAGUGAUGCGUUCAAAGGUCUAUCAUGCACCGAGGCUAUGGUAUGUGCGUGUCAAUGUUGUGGAGGCACAAGACUUGGUUCCUACAGAGAAAAACCGUUUCCCAGAUGUGUAUGCCAAGGUGCAGAUAGGAAACCAAGUGCUGAAAACAAAGACAGUUCCAGCCCGAACACUAAGCGCUCUCUGGAAUGAAGAUCUUUUGUUUGUUGCUGCUGAACCUUUUGAAGAUCAUUUAACUAUUUCAGUUGAAGAUCGGGUUAGUCCUGGAAAAGAUGAGGUCAUUGGGAGGAUCAUCAUACCACUGAACUCCGUGGAAAGGCGUGCAGAUGAUAGAAUCAUUCAUUCUAGAUGGUUCAACCUGGAAAAGCUAGUUGCUAUAGAUGUUGAUCAGUUGAAGAAAGAGAAGUUCUCAAGCAGAAUUCAGCUCCGGUUAUGUCUAGAUGGAGGAUAUCAUGUUCUUGAUGAGUCAACUCAUUACAGCAGCGAUCUCCGCCCCACGGCAAAGCAGCUAUGGAAGCCACCAAUUGGGGUUCUAGAACUUGGAGUGCUGAAUGCUGUAGGACUCCACCCAAUGAAAACAAGGGAUGGUAGGGGCACAUCUGACACAUACUGUGUAGCAAAAUAUGGUCACAAAUGGGUCAGAACAAGGACCAUUGCUGAUAAUCUGUGUCCAAAAUACAACGAGCAAUACACUUGGGAGGUUUUUGAUCAUGCCACGGUUCUUACUGUUGGUGUCUUUGACAACAGCCAGCUCGGGGAAAAGGGUAAUGGUUCUUCAAAGGACUUGAAAAUUGGGAAGGUCAGAAUUCGCAUCUCUACACUGGAAACAGGAAGGAUUUACACUCACUCAUAUCCAUUGUUGGUUCUUCACCCAACCGGGGUUAAGAAGAUGGGUGAACUUCACUUGGCAAUACGGUUUUCAUGCACUUCUUUAGCAAACAUGCUUUACCUAUACUCACGACCACUGCUGCCAAAAAUGCACUACGUAAGGCCUUUCUCUGUGACGCAGCUAGACAUGCUGCGUCACCAAGCAAUGAACAUAGUGGCGGCUAGACUCGGCCGAGCAGAGCCACCACUUCGCAAGGAAGUGGUGGAAUACAUGUCAGAUGUGGACUCUCACCUUUGGAGCAUGCGGCGAAGCAAGGCGAAUUUCUUCCGAGUGAUGAGCGUCUUCUCUGGUGUGUUUGCUGUUGGAAAAUGGUUUGGUGAUAUCUGCAUGUGGAGGAAUCCUAUCACAACAGCGCUGGUUCAUGUGUUGUUUCUCAUGCUUGUUUGCUUCCCGGAAUUGAUCUUGCCCACUGUUUUUCUCUACAUGUUCUUGAUAGGGGUAUGGAACUUUAGAUAUAGACCAAGGUACCCUCCUCACAUGAACACAAGAAUCUCACAGGCUGAGGCAGUGCACCCGGAUGAGUUAGAUGAAGAGUUUGACACUUUCCCUACUAACCGGAGCCCGGACCUAGUGAGAAUGAGGUAUGAUCGUUUGAGGAGUGUGGCUGGAAGGAUUCAAACAGUGGUUGGUGAUUUGGCCAGCCAGGGAGAGAGGAUUCAGGCACUGUUAAGCUGGAGAGACCCGCGUGCUACAUCCAUAUUUAUUACAUUGUGUCUCCUAUCUGCGUUGGUGCUCUAUGUUACUCCUUUUCAAGCAGUGGCUGGUUUGGCAGGGUUUUACAUUAUGAGGCAUCCCAGAUUUCGCCACAGGCUGCCAUGUACCCCAGUCAACUUCUUCCGGCGCCUCCCUGCAAGAACAGAUUGUAUGCUAUAAUGUAGUAGUAGUGUAUGUGAUGUUUCAAACCAGUUUUUUCCCCUAUUUAUUGUUUUAUCUGGUAUUGACUGUGUUUUUAUUAUGUAACGCUUUAGUUGUGAUAUUCCCAAGCAAGCUCAAGCUGGCCAGACUUCUAAUUUGUAUGUGGAUUGUUUAGCUGCAAAUCAGUAAGACUUGAAUAGAGUUCUCUUUAAUGGUUUUUGGUAA